AUGCACUACUCAAAUAUGGAGCAUGCUUUGGAAUUGGGAAGAGAGACCUUCGACGUGUGGGUGCUGAACUUGAUUGCGUCCUUGUUCGGUCUGAUGCCAAACGACAAAGUAGACAGAGUCUUUGUGAGAAAUGAGAGAAGCCACUGUUCCAUCAGCUCUGUAGAUGUCGACGCUAUCAGUGCAAUUGAAGAGGAAGGCGUAGUGGUGAACACGUCGGACGUCGAGGUGGCUGAAAAAUUUCAUAAUACUAGGAUUUUGAUAAAACUAUUUGGCUUACACUUGCUGAACCAUGCGGCUGUACGGAUUGUAAGGGAGGUAGUAAAUGCAAGAGAGGAUUUGUUGGAGAUUCAAUUGGUUUGGCAUUCCGACAUACUCCACACGGAAUCUCUCAAAUCCCAUAUCAGUAGAAAUCAGCCACCCAUGGAUAAAGGCGACAAUGUCAAUGGUUUGUAG